GCUUGCGGCGCAGGCCGCCGAGCGGUUGGAUGGCCUCCGGGUCAACGGCGCUGCCUGGUGCGAGCUGAGCGAUCAGAUUUCCAUCAUGCGCCUAUGGCUCUCUGUUCUCUGCCGCGUUGCGCGGCGACUGGGCCACGGCUGCUUUCUCGCGGAGCUGUUGGGUGCCCCGGGCGUUUCCGGGGCCCCCGCGGCCGAGGACUUAAUCUCAGUCUUCUGCGCCACAUUGGCAGCAGCCGCCAGGGCAGUGGCCGGACGAGCACCCACGGCGCGCGAGUGUGCCAAGCUGGAGGCACAGCUCCAAGCUUCACAGCAGAAACUUCUCAGCGCCCUGUGGCGUCGACCGCUUCGUACAGGUGAGGUGGCAGCCGAGGUGUUGGCCUUGAGUGCAGCCCACUCCGUGCUGGCGCUCCUUGCCGAUGCUGCCAAGUGCCUGGCCCUGUCGGUGGAGAUUGCGCUGGUGCAGGAGGUGGAAGAUGUUGACGCGGCGGAGCACAAAGACUGCGAAGCCAGCGAAUUACAUGCCUCGGAGCUGCCUGACCUCACGGAAC